AUGAAAUGGAGGCUGGCCUUCCUCUGCCUUUCCCAUCCUAUGCAAAGAACCUUCUGAUAUCUCGGUGCAAAGAGGUCCCCUUCCAAGUGAAGUGUAUAUCCUGCUGCCAGAUACUACGUUCACAUAUGGAAUUAACAGCUCAUUUCAGAACACGUUGUCGUAAUUCUGGGCCUGUGGCAGCGUCAAAGAAGAGCAUCUCCCAAGUUGCAGAGAUAUUUAAAACAAAAGGUCACUGUGAGAACUGUGAUCAACUGUUUGCUGAUAAGAAUCAGAUCACCCAGCAUAAGCAAACCACUCAACAUAACAUUAAAGUUCUUACUACAAUGGAAGAGUCCAUCUUGAUGUUCUGUCAUAUCAACGGAAAAAAUAAAAAUCUGUCUCAUUUGUGCCAUAUUGCAGAUCAGUCAAGACCACUGCUUAAAAGGCAUUUGACUUCGAAUGAGUCUACCAGCGAAAGGGAGUCUACUCCUUCAAAACGGAAGAGCAAUUUAAAAGAUAAAAAUGAAGAUCAUGUAGCAAAUGAAAGUCAAGGUAGUGCUUGCAAAGUAAAAGCCUGGUUUUGUGAAUGCCUUCAGAAGUUUUUUACAGAAGAGUCAGUAGAAAAGCACAUUUUAUCAGCAAAUAGGAUCUGUCACAAGUGUGCUGUGUGUGGAAAGCUUGCUGAAAAUUCAAGCAUUAUCCGCCUGCAUAUGAGUCGAUUCCAUGGCGGAGCACACUUGAAUAAUUUUCUUCUCCGGUGCAGAGCAUGCUCUGUAGAUCUUCGCAGAGAAGAGGAUAUUAUGGGACAUGUGACUGAAUUUCAUGGUGGACAUAGUUACUAUUAUGAGCAAGAAGCUGUAGAAGAUGAACCUAUGCCAUCUGCUUCUGACACAGUAUGCAUUUCCGCAGAUGGGAGGGAAGACUGCGUUCCUAGUCCUAUGGAACUGUCCCCUGAAAAAAGUCCUGUUCGGGGAAAAUGGCAAUGCCGCAUUUGUGAGGAGAUGUUUGAGUCUGAAGAGAGUGUUAAACAACACUGCAUGUCCUUAGAAAGCCAUGCAUUUCACAGAUACUGCUGUGGCUUAUGCAGAAAUCACUUUCGGAAACUAGGAACAUUACAGCGACACUUCCAAGAGCAUCAUAACCAGGAGAUACAGACUAAAUACUUCUGUGGCCUUUGUGGUAAUCUCUUCUUUGACACAGAAGAAGAAUUUCUAAUCCAUUAUAAGGAGAUUCAUAGCAUGGACUAUGCGUUUGUGCCUGAGCUGAUGGAAGUAUCAAUAAAAAAAGAGGAGGACUUCCUCCCAGUAGAAAAAGGAGACUGUUUAACCUGUGGUUGCCGGACAACUUAUGUCUCCAAAAUAAACAGGAGGAACGAUUAUGUGAAUUGUCAGAAAGCCAUGCUACAAAAAGGAAACUUAUGGUUUCGAUGCUGCCUCUGUUCUGCAACUGCACAGAAUUUUGCUGAUUUGAACAGUCAUCUCAAGAGGCAUCUGUCAGUGAAACACAAGGAAGAGAUGUAUGUUGUUAGGUGUGCUGCAUGCAACAAAAAUUUCAAUGACCUUCAGAGUGCACAUCAACACUAUCACAUGAAACACUGCUUCUUGCAGAAACCUGAUCUGUCAGGUCUUGCACCACAACCGAACAAUACAGUAUUCAAGUUCACAGCAAGUGGGGCUUGUGUGGACAGAAAACCUCAGAAGCUAGAAUUUCAGGUGUCUCCAUCCAAGACUCGGGAAAGACCACAGUCAUCUCUGCAAGGACCAGUACAGGGAAAGAAGGAAGAAGAAGAAAACUCGGCCCAUUCUGGAGAACCUGGUGAAGAUGGUGAACUUCCUGAUCUUGACUACCUGAGUACCAUGACUCACAUUGUGUUGGUGGAUCUGGACAACUGGGGAAGCUUAUUCACGCAGCUGCCAGCUAACCUGAACCAAGGGACAUUUAUCUGGGGCUUUCAAGGAGGAUACAGCAACUGGAAACCUCCAGUGCAGUGCAAAAUUUACAAUUAUCUUAAGAGGAUUGGAUGUUUCUUUCUUCAUCCACGUUGCGGUACCAGAAGAGAAGCAGCAGACUUUGCUCUCUGUGUUCAUGCUGGUCGUCUGGAUGCACGCCUGCCCAAGCAAAUUCCUUUCACUGUACUUUCUGGAGACAAAAGCUUCCUGGAACUGGAAAGUCAAUUUAAGAUGACCCAGCGGUCAGCUCGCAUCCUAAAUCCACACCACAUUGAAGGAGACAUGAUGUGUGCCUUGCUAAACAGCAUUUCAGAUACCACAAAAGGUUCAGAUAGCGAAGAGGAUGAAGAUAUCAAACUAACAAUGAAGAGGAGCUUAGAAGAAACAAAGAAACAGGAAGAGCAAGAAGUGGAAUUGGAAGAGGCUAUCAAGAGAAGCCUUGAGGAAAUGUAAAUGAAGAUACUCCGGUACACUAACACCAUGUCGUCAGAGCUGCUCACAAAAAUGGAAGCUUGUUCAUCUAUUUACAAAGGUUCAGAAAUAUCACUUCAAAAACAUCUGUAUCUUGAAUUGCUAGAUUUAUAAUCUCAUGUCCUCUGUCAUGCUGAUGAACAGCUGGAGUUUAUGGAUAUCUGCUGCAAUAUAUUGUGUAUGAUAAAAAUAAAUUUUUAAGCCUUUGCAUAUUCUGUUUCUAAUGGGUGAUGACUAAGUCUCUCCAGUCUAGCUGUAUAAGUUGUUGCCUAAUUAGUAGGCUGGUCUUACUAGGUAUUUUGGGUUUUCAGUUGUUUGGAUUUUUAAAAAUUUGUUCUUUUGUUUAAUUUUUCUGUCACAAAAUGUCAUUGUCUUUAUUUACUUUUCAUGUGGUCUUUGCAACAGAUAAAAAUAGUAAACU